AUGAACAAUGUCAACGAACCAGCCGUUGCAGUACAACCACCACGGAGAGGCAUAGACCCAGAUGGCCAAGGACCUGCGCAACAAGAUUCGGAUAUGAAUAAUGUGGACCAUCAUCAUCCACAUGUUGUAGUCGAACUGCCACCGCUACUCCGCAGUCUACUACCACAAACCAGUAUGCUACGCCCCGAUGCCAGCCGCAUGACCUUGUCCGACACGGAGCGCCAAUGGGCAUUGGCCAUCAAAGAAGCCGUAUUGGAAGAUCCCGAAUUGGAGCC